GAACCAGCGAACCGUUCGUCUACUGCGCUGUCCCUGCUUGCGGAAACACCACCACUUCACGAAGACAUUCAUCGAAAACGGCGCAGACGAGAAUCCCACCCUCACCAUGGCGCCCAUCACGACCGCCUCCAACGACGAGACGCACGCCGCGCUGCUCGACACGCUCGACAUGCACAAGAUCCACAAGCCCUUCCGCAAUCCUAACUGGAAACCGCCGCAGCGUCGCAACAAGAACUUGAAGCAGAUCCUGUCUGAAGCGCAGCGCGCGCAGCAGAGUCUGAUCAACACCCAGCAGAACUCGGGCGCGAGCACACCCUUCCCAAACAGCGAUGGGACGAACACGCCCUCCCUCAACCCCAAUGCGGAGAAGGCGAGCCAGGAUCUCAGUCGCCUGGUCUUGGAUAAGAACGCGAAGCAGAACAACGGUCUCGCACCCACACCGCUUCCUGCUGGCUUUGGAGGGCCGAGUGUUACCUAUACCAGCAUCGCUGCUGCGCCCAGCUUGAAGCCAAAGAAGAAGUAUUGCGACAUCACCGGGCUGCCCGCCAAGUACAAAGAUCCCAAGUCAGGACUGUAUUACUACAACGCAGAGAUCUACGCCGUCGUGCGGAGUCUCAACACGACCCAGGUGCAGCAGUAUCUUGCCGCAAGAGGUGCAAACACCGUCCUCAAGUGAGUGGAGGCGCAAGGGAAAUUAUCGUUGAAGACAGAGAUUGCUUCUAGCGACAUAAUUUGUGGAACAAUGGCUAUACCAUCGUUUCGGUGAAGACUUCCGGACGCGCGUGGCUGCCAGAAGAUCAGGGACCGGGU